AUGGAGAAGCCAGAUGGUAUGCCACGCAACAAGUGGAGAUUGGCCAAAGUUGUAGAGACAGUGACUGAUACAGAUGGACUGGUCGGAGAAGCAGACCGAGAAGAAGACCGAGACGAUGAAGACGACGACGAAGACGAUGAAGACGACGACGGCGACGAAGACUACGACCCAGUGGGUGAUGCUGCUGCAGAUUUGUCAUCCGCCGCCGCUACGCCCAUCGGGGUCCCCCCGGGCCCCACGACUCACGCGACGUCCCGCACCCGUGACCUAGCCUCGACCUUCUGCCUGUUCGUCACGCCGACGGUAGAGAACAUCAUCCUGGAGAUGACGAAUCGGGAGGGUCGUCGAAAAUACGGUGACGACUGGAAAGGGAUGGACGAGACCGACCUGCACGCCUAUGUAGGGCUGCUGAUCUUAGCGGGCGUGUACAGGUCCCGGGGCGAGGCCGCCGCCAGCCUGUGGGACGCUGAGAGCGGCAGGGUGAUAUUUCGUGCCACGAUGCCGCUCAAAGUCUUUCACACGUACUCCAGACUGCUGCGCUUUGACGACCGCAAGACGAGACGUGCCACGGACAAAUUGGCGGCCGUGCGAGAGGUCUGGCACGCGUGGGUGGCGCGGCUACCGCGCCUCUACAACCCAGGGCCCAAAGUGACCGUGGACGAGCAACUGGUUCCGUUCAGAGGCCGGUGUCCUUUCCGACAGUACAUGCCCAGCAAGCCGGCGAAAUACGGGAUCAAGUCGUGGGUGGCCUGCGAUGCAAAAUCCAGCUACGCUUGGAAGAUGCAAGUCUACACCAGAAAGCCGAGCGGCGGACGCCCAGAACGGAACCAGGGGUUGCGGGUAGUGCUCGAUGUCACGGAGGGACUGCACCAUCGCAACGUCACGUGCGACAAUUACUUCACCUCCUACGAACUUGCGCGGCAGCUCCUGGAGAGGAAGAUCACCGUGGUCGGCACGGUUCGGAAGAACAAGCCCGGGCUGCUCGCAGUCAAGGGAAGAGAGGUGUUCUCAUCCAGGUUCGCAUUCACGCCCACCGCCACUCUGGUGUCCUACAUCCCAAAGAAAAACAGGAACAUGGUGUUCAUGAGCACGCGGCACGCGGAGGCCGACGUCAGCAACCGCGAGGACUGGAAACCGGUCAUCGUCCUGGACUACAACCGCAACAAAGGAGGCGUGGACAACCUAGACAAGGUGAUCGUAACAUACAGCUGUAGGAGGAUGGCCGCGUGCUGGCCCCUGGUCGUCUUCCACAACAUCCUCGACAUCUCUUCCUACAACGCCUUCGUGAUAUGGAGAGAGAUCAACCCCAACUGGAUGCCGGGCAAGCGGAACAAACGGAGGGUGUUCUUCGAGCAGCUGGGACGUUCAUCGCAGGAAGGUAGCGCAUCCCCCGCACGGAAGCGUCAGCCGCGGUUGUGA